GCCAGCCUGCCGGACCCACCAGAGGGGCCCAUCAGGGGAAAGCCCUUCCUGUCUCAGGGGAAUGGAACUUCCGCUCUGGACGGAGAGCAGCAGGCUCCUGGCUCCCGGUCCCACUGCUGCCCGGCCCAGCGGCACCACAGCACGGUGAGGCCCCAGGAAGCUGCUGAGACGGUGCAGUCAUGAAGGCCCGAAGGGCCAGUGCCCCGGUGCUCCUACCUUUGUUGCUCCUGACUCUGAUUUCUGUCUCCUGCGCCCAGAGCAGCUGCACUGGGUACCCAGCCAUCCCAGGCAUCCCGGGCAUCCCCGGGGUACCAGGCUCCGAUGGCAAACCUGGGGCUCCAGGGAUAAAGGGAGAGAAAGGGCGCCCGGGGCUAGCUGGAGACCAUGGCGAGUUUGGAGAGAAGGGGGACCCAGGGAUUCCUGGGAAACCAGGAAAAGUGGGCCCCAAGGGCCCCGCUGGCCCUAAAGGUUCCCCAGGGCUCCUUGGACCCCGUGGCCCCAAGGGUGAAUCAGGAGACUAUAAGGCCACACAGAAAAUUGCCUUUUCUGCCACAAGGACCAUCAACAGUCUCCUGAGAAGAGACCAGGCCAUCCGUUUCGACCACGUGAUCACCAACGUGAACAACAACUACGAACCUCGAAACGGCAAGUUCACCUGCAGGGUGCCCGGCCUUUACUACUUCACCUACCACGCCAGCUCUCGAGGGAACCUGUGCGUGAACCUCGUCCGGGGCCGGGAGCGUGUGCAGAAGGUGGUCACCUUCUGCGACUACGUUCAGAACACCUUCCAAGUCACCAUGGGCAGCGUGGUCCUCAAGCUGGAGCUGGGGGAGAUCGUCUUCUUGCAGGCCACCGAAAAGAACUCCCUGCUGGGCAUCGAAGGUGCCAACAGCAUCUUCUCUGGGUUCCUGCUCUUCCCGGAUGUAGAGGUGUGACCUGUGGGCCUGAUUUGCUCCCCUGCCUACUCCCUCCCCUGCCUACAGUGCUCACUUUAUCCCCAACUCUACCCCCACCCCAGCCAAAGCACAGAGUAGGGCCCCAUGGAUAUUGCUGAGUGAACAAGUAAAUAAACUCUUCCAGUCCAAGGGA